UUGGGGUUUAAGGCUUUCUCUGUUCAUUGAAGUUUUGACUCUGGCUGUAGUCAAGGUUUUGUUUGACUUGGUUGAUAAUGUUGGAAGAGUUUGGGCAUAUACAAUCGAGAAAAGAAGACGUUCCUGUCUUGAUUGAUUGGGGAACAAAUAUCUAAAUCUUUUUUUCCUGCCAUAUCUGGUUUUUUGUUUAUCUCCAACCGAUUCUUUGUGGUAAUUUUGGUUUUGGACUCGCACACCAACUGUUCGGGGUUUUAUCUCAGAAAAAGCAACGCCUUUUAUUUUAUUACUUGAUAAUGAAGAGAAGAUCCAUAAUAACGUUAUCAUCUUCAGCAAUCCGGUGUCAAAAAUCAGACUUCAUGUUUGUUUCAGUAAGGCAAAUAUCAAAUGGAGGAAAGAGAUCAAAGAAGAAAAUAUACCACAGAGACUAUCAACUUGACAAAGUAAUGGAUUUGCAGAAGAAACCAUCUUUAAUUCUUCAGCUAAAGUCCAUUAUCCAAUCUCAAAAUCAUCAACGUCUUCUUCUUCGUGACCUCGAAAAGGAAGUUGGGUUUGUGGCAAAAUGGAAUUUCAUGUCCAUCAUUGAGAAGUACCCUUCAAUAUUCCGUGUUGGUGGUGGCUGUGGAAAAGAAUUCCCUUUUGUUACCCUAACUGGAAAAGCCGAAAAGGUUGCAAGAGAAGAGGGUGAAGCAAGGAAUUUGAUGGAACCCAUUUUGGUUAAGAACCUCAGGAAGUUGUUAAUGUUGUCUAUUGAUUGCAGGGUGCCAUUGGAGAAGGUUGAAUUCAUUGGAAAUGAACUUGGCUUGCCUCAUGACUUCAAAAAGUCAUUGAUUUUCAAAUAUCCUGAAUACUUUUCCAUCAAAGUUAUCAAUGGUAGAGCUUAUCUUAACUUGGAGAAUUGGGAUUCUUCACUGGCAGUGACUGCUCGUGAGGAGAGAUUCGCACGUGAAAGGAUGUUGCAAUCAGCUGGUGGUCAAAAUAAGGUUCGGAUCACGAAAGAUGGUAACUAUCUUGGUCCAUUCGCAUUUAAAAUGUGUUAUGCUGCUGGUUUUAGACCGAAUAAGAGUUAUCUUGAGGAGCUUGGGAAGUGGCAGAAAAUGGAAUUCCCUUCUCCAUACUUGAAUGCAAGGAGAUUUGAAGUUGCGGAUCCAAAAACCCGAAAAAGAGUGGUGGCUGUGCUUCAUGAACUCCUCAGUUUGACCAUGGAGAAGAGGAUGAUAUCUGCCAAACUGGACGCAUUUCAUUCAGAGUACCGAUUACCGUCCAAGUUAGUGCUAUGUUUGAUAAAGCACCAUGGUAUAUUUUACAUUACAAAUAAAGGUGCAAGGAGCACUGUAUUUCUUAAAGAAGCAUAUGAUGGUACAAAUUUGGUAGAUAAAUGUCCUAUCCUGAUGUUUAAUGAUAAGUUUGUUGCACUUAGUGGUAGACAUGUAACGUUAUGAAUUAUAAUUAGGUUGUUACUUAACAGAUGUGGGACAAUACCACUUUGCAACCAUGUUAAUUUAUGAUGUCAAUGCAGUUGACAUAGGAGCUGAUAAUUGUAAA